AGCGCCCGUCGCCCAUUGCAGCUGGAGGAGGCGCCGGAGCAGGAGCAGCUGCAGAGUUCUCCGGCUCGCAGCGCGUGGCAGAGGGAGCCCGGGGCUGCGCCUGGCGCGGAGGAUGAAGAUGCCGGGCGAGGUGAUCCGGGAGGGCGAGCUGGAGAAGCGCAGCGACAGCCUCUUCCAGUUCUGGAAGAAGAAGCUGGUGGUGCUGACCAAGGACAGCCUGAGCCUCUUCCCGGACGGGCACAAGCGCGCCCGGGGCAAGGAGCUGGGCUUCCACUCCAUCCUCAAGGUGGACUGCGUGGAGCGCACGGGCAAGUACAUCUACUUCACCAUCGUCACCACGGACCGCAAGGAGAUCGACUUCCGCUGCCCGGACCAGAGCUGCUGGAACGCCUCCAUCACCAUGGCGCUCAUCGACUUCCAGAACAAGCGGGCCAUCCAGGACUUCAAGAGCCGCCAGGAGCUGGAGCAGGCGGCGGGCAGCCAGGAGCGGCGCCUGGCCCGGGCGCCCUGAGCAGCCCGCGGCCCGGCAGGACGGACGGCGAAAGAAUGCACCGCAUCAGAUCGAGUGUCUUGGACUGAAAUGGGACAGGGUACCAAUGAAGGAAAGCAAAGAAGGUGGCUGGGAACAGUUGGGUUUCCUCCAAGUCUGAGGCUGCUGAGCAAAGAGCCCUGAGCUUCGCCUGAGAUGCAUUUUAAAAACCAAAGACUCUUUCAAAAGGACUUCUGGUGAAGCUUCAAGAAGUUUCUUAGUGGCACAGCUUUGCAAACUAUUCUUAUCUAUUUAUGAGAUGCAAAGAAUAUUCAGCGCCCAUUGGUGCAAAACAAACCCAAUUUAAAUUAUUUGUGGUAUCUAUAUUUGUAUUUAUUUUGAUGAAUGUCUUUAAGCAGAUGUCUUAAUAUUGCUUUUGCAUUAAUGUGUCCAUUCCAAAUAAAUUACUUGAAAUGUUCACAUUUUAUUACUAUACACUAUAGUGCAGUAUGUUUUUUGGUGCAGGUUGCAGAAGAAUAGUUCAUAGACACCAUCUGUAAAUAGGGCUACACUAAUCUAUCCAAACACUUUUUUUGUUAAUAAAAAUACUAGUAUGCUUUGAUAACAGAAAGCUGAUAUGUCUGUAGGAAAGAGCCUGUUUCAGUUGGUCUCCAAUCAGAAAAUCAGUUGCAUCUAAAUUAGGAAUUGCUAUACUGUAUCAGACCUGGCCCUUCUAAUCCAGAAUUCAAUAGUUAGGAUUAGUUGCGUUUGAGGAAGGUGCAAGAACCCCUGCAGACACCAGUUACAGAAUAAAAGUGCCUUGCAGAAUGCUUCCUCUAAUACCCCCUGCUUGCUUAGUGCAGAAGAAGAGGGAUAGCUGAACUGGUUCAGGAUAAAAUAAAGACCAACAUAUAGAAUGAAGGUUCAUAUAACAAGUUCCCUGUUAUUUCACAUCUCCAUGCAUCUUUGCAGUUUCUAGAUCCAGCCAGGAUCAGCCAUGCUGAAUGGGAGGGGCUGUUCUCAUGGGGUUUCCAGCCUAACCAGAGGCAGGAAGUGCUGUACAUCUUACCAGUUUCUUCUUAGGACACUUUGCAGAGCCAAGGGGUUGGAGAAAUAGCUGAACUUUUUGGUACUGUGCUUGGGAAAAUCAGGUCUUAUGAGACAUUGCUAAUUAAUCUACAUUUCCUUGAGAGUAAUUCUGCAACAUACAGCUAUCCUUUCUCUACAGCUAGAAAGGGGACGUACAAGGACAAAUGCAUUUGGCACUGAAACUGAGUUGCAAGUCUCUUCCUGUGUAGUGUUUCUUACUAAUGGUCUGAAACUGAAAUCCUUACUCAGGUAAAGUUCCCACUGACUUCCACAGAGUCUUGGUUGAGGGAGACAAGAGAGUAUUGGUGGAAACUACAAAGAUUAUACUGAGAACAGCAUGUAGGAGGGUUAAUUAAGGGCUGAUUAAAGCAUAGUUCUAAUAAGGAGCUAGUGGAGGGUGUGGCUCAAAAGGGAAGUGCUUGCUCACCCAAGAACUGGGAAAUGCCAUGGCUAUAAACUACUAAUGAGGUUUUGUAAGUUAUGGAUUAGCUGCUUCUUUCCCACAGGAUGAAAUAGGCUUCAGCUAUCAGUUGUUUGGACCAUCUUGAAGAAAGUCUUGGUUCUGAUUCCCUAUGUAUGGCUGGUAGGAAGAAAUGCUCUGCAUUGAGGGGUUUGUGCCUUAAAGCAGAAGGAUACAGUACUUAGUUUCCUGAACAUGAAGGUUUUUCAGUUACCUGUACUGCAUUUCCUGGAACACUCUCCCUAAAGAGGGGUGAGUUUCCCUUUUUUUUUUUUUUUUCCAGGUGGGGUUAAAGCAUGACUUAAAUACGGAUUUGGGUAGCUAACUUUAGGACACCAUGUCUGAAAAAUCUGGAUGACAUGCCUUUACUUCCAUUCUACAGUGUAAGAGAUGAUAGACCCUCCCCUGUAUGUGGGGGUGACUGAAAUGCGGUUGCUGGAACUUCCGUAACUAUUAGCGUUUGAUGUUGUAUUGCUCAGAGGCCUAAAUGGGGAUCU